GUCAGUGCCAAAGGAUCCAAGGUUUCAAGUGCUCCUUGUUUCGGGAAUCUUGUGUUUGCGGAGAAGAAACUAUCUGCUGGUACUCGUAUGGGGUUGCACGCUUGUGACUACAAGCGCUUGAAGGAUUCCGUCUUUCCUUUCACCAAGUUUAUAUCCAGUGGGUACAGCGAGUGGACCGAAGAGACCAUCCAGCAGAAUCAAAACAGGCUUGUGGGAGAAGUGAAGGACCUGUGGGGACUUGGCGGCGGUGAUGGCGGGGGUAACAAGAAACGAAAGCGCCGUUCAAGUCCCUGUGUCUCCGGGAAGCAUGUGGCGGUUUAGAGUCGCCCUCUUUGAACUGUUUCGUGUGCAUAAAUUGCAAUGUUUGGUCCAAUACUGGACGGUACUAGCAGCGCACGGCUAAAGUAUUAUAGCAAUUCUACAUGUACCUCACUUAUCUAUACUUCGUGACUAUGUACCUUACGGUACCGGUACCUUGAGCACAAGAGUUCAGUUUCACAAGGUACAAAAGUACAUCGUAGGAGUAUUGGCGUGGAGGUUGAAGCGUGGAGUGUCUGUCAGCGGGCGCGAAAACCGUUUGAAUCCUGAAUCUUGUCCACGCCACCGGACUGGCUAGAAAGCGUCCAUAUGUUGACCACUGGGAAAUGCAGCCUCAUUCUCCUCAUUCACAGUUGCGCCUUGCGCCCAUCCCACUCAAGACCAUCCAUCACAAGAACGAAAAAGGCAGGCAACAUUGAUCGCUGCAUGACAACACGGAACCACUGGUUUCGGGAAGCAGCAAGUUGUGCUCGUAAAUUUCUCCAAUCAAUAAAGUCACAAACCAAUCAGCUCAAAUAAUAAUCUAAAAACAAAUGAACUUUCUCCGCCAAAAAGCCGACACCCUUUUGAACUUUCGGGUAACAGAGUCUCGCGAUGAUGCAGUGCCUUCCACGGUGGAAGAUGCUGAAAUGAAUGCUGCAAUUGAAGAAAUGAAAGAACGCUUGGCGGAAGCUCGCGCCUUGACUAUCCUGAAACGGAAACAAUACGAAAAAGAGCAAGAGGCGCUACAAGAAGACUAUGUUACAGCGAAGUCUGCCUACACGGAUCGAUUGACUGCCAUUGUCAAGUCACCACUGAAGGAGUAUUUGGCCGCCACCAAGAAAGUGAGAGACUAUAUUGUACCUGGCGUGGUGGCGACACUGCAAGCCCAACUGUGCCUGCAUGUCCACGGCAUUUGCACUCAUAGCGAGGCCAUUGUGUCGACCAAGGCUCACGCCAGCGAAAUCAUUUAUUGGUACGAAGACAUGGUCAAGCAAUUGCGACGUGAUCAAGCCGAUCAAGAAAUGGGACUGAUGAACAAAAUUGUACAGGCCAAAAUUGAAUUGGGGAGUCUGGUGGAUGCCAGAAAAUUGCGAGAGCGAAAGACAGAAGAUGUCUCUACUGGGACAAUGCGAACACUCAGCAACAGCAGCAGUAGCCACCACAAUCGAUUUGCUAGGACUGUCAGUCUCCAGAAAAAGGGAAAUACCGACACUGUUCGACGAAUGCCAAGUCGAAAACAAUUUUCUCAUCAUCGUGCAGAUUCCAAAAAGCAACACCAAACCACAACAACAACAAUCAGCACUGGAAGUCGACAACGGAUCAUCCGCAACGUCAGCCGACGGGGCAACGCGCACCAGCGACCCAGCCUUUCUGCGGCGGCUCAAGGAGCUGUCUCGCUCAGAAAAUUGCAACAAUGUACAAGUACAAAACCGUUGGAGGACGACAUUAUGACUACUACCGGGCGCCAACGUCCCGGCAACAUGUCAGUACAAUCGACCUUGUCGGCCCCAAGCAUUCCAAGCACUCCAGUCGACAAAGAUGUGGUAAUUAUGGAUACCUGCAACGAAGAAGGGUCAACCAGCAGUGCAGAAGAGUCAAAGGACACUGCAAACAACCCAUCUGGACUGGAACAACCCUCUGCCGAAAUUUUGGCUCGGCGGGAGGCCCGCAAAAAGGCCCGACAAGGCCGUGACGCCAGCCCUACUACCAGUCCAACUACUACUCCCGUGGACGAAACCGACCAAAGCAGCAGCCGUGGUCGUCCCAGCCGCAGAUACGUUCAGAGAACACGGUCCAAGUCGCUUUCCUCCAAAGAUCAAGAAGAAACCCGCCGGGGUGGCCGAAAACCUCCGGCACGAAACGUUUCCAAGGACGAUUCUGGAAUUCUAAUGGAAUCUCCCAUUCUGCGACGAAAGACCACUCAUGAGUUGUUGCGUGGAUUUUCUCCGACACCUCCCUUGAUGGCAAACAGUCCUGGAAGCUCUCAGUCAUCCCUGCACUCGCAGGAAGACCGUGGAAUUUCGGCCAUGUUUCAUCAAACCUGGAGAGGAUUCAUGUCCAGAGGACAGCAUGAUGCGGCCAAGGCACCUCCCUCACCAUCGAAACGUGGUGCAUGGGUGGGCUGAAUUGAACUGGACUGAAUUGAACUGAAAAACACAAAUCAAAACAAACAUUUUAUUGUGGAUGAAAUUCACGCUUGGGGACUAUCGAAUGUCGCUUUCUUUCGCUAUUUUUUAUUGGAUGCCGACUUAUUGCCGUCGAGUGUGGCCACACAAGGAACGAAAGCGGCUUGCCGAAAGUAAUGCAUAUCUGCUUUUUGAGUUGCAGUUUUUCGGCGUGCCCCAAAAGAGUAAAUGAUAAUGGUAAUGGUAAACAGCAUGUAGCUUAUCCCAAUAUAGUGUUUCAUCAAGCACGAUAGAUACAUUUAUCCCACGCAUA